AUGACAGAGGUUGAUGUUCUGGACUUGCGGCGUGUUAGAGAUAGUGUGCCAUGGCGACUGUGGGCUGUGGCUGUCAUCGGAUUUUGGGAAAGAGCGGCGUUCUGGGGACUCACCGCACCAUGGCAGAAUUACAUGGAGCACCCGCCACACUCCGACAGGAAUCACACUCCCGGAGCCCUCGGCCUCGGCCAGGUGAAGGCGACACAGAUAUACUGCGCCUUCUACAUAUUUUACUAUGUCACCCCGUCCUUCGUCGCACCGCUAGCAGAUAGCCGUCUCGGUCAAUACCCAACCCUAGUGGCCAGCGUCAUGUUGUAUUGUGCUGGAUGUACCGUCCUGACCAUCAGUUCCUUACCAACAAGUCUCACCAAAGACUGGGGUCUGCCUGGGCUGAUCCUUGCCAUGUUUCUAAUUGGAUUAGGUGGUGGAGGGUUCAAGGCUAUCACGGCACCGUUCAUCGCUGACCAAUAUACGGAAACGAAGCCACGCCUGAAAAGAUUGAAAUCGGGAGAGCUGGUGGUCACAGACCAUCAGCUAACGUUGCAGUACAUAUACAACCUGUACUUCUGGGUUGGUAACGUCGGGUCGCUUUCGUGGUUUGCUACGGUCUACAUUGAAAAGCGAUAUGGCUUCGCCGGAGCAUACGGUCUCACUCUAGGUUUCAUGGCCAUCGCAAUGUUCAUGUUGGUCUUUGGAAAGCGCUGGUUCGUCAGAGUUCCGCAUAAAGAUAAUGUCCUCCCUCAGGCUACAAGGAUCAUUACCUGCGCCAUCAGAAACGGCUUCAGGAUGAAGCACGCAGAUCCGGAAUAUCAGCUUGAGCAUCGCCGCAAAACUGUCGCUUGGAGUAGUACCCUCGUCGACGAACUCACACGAGGCUUACGAGCUUGUCGAGUCCUCCUGGCAUUCGUCAUGUUUUACAUCUGCUUCGACCAGAUGCAGAAUAAUCUGAUCUCCCAAGCCGGGCAAAUGAAAACAGGCAGCACUCCAAACGACCUACUACCGGCUAUGAAUCAGGUGGGGUGCAUCGUCCUCGGUCCGCUAAUACAAGAGGGUCUUUAUCCCUUCCUUCACAAGCGGCGAAUCUACAUGAAACCUAUAACACGUAUCACCAUCGGCUUUGUCUUCAUUGCACUCGCAAUGCUCUAUGCUACUUUCGUGCAGUAUGCAAUCUACGCAUCGCCACCUUGUUACGACCACCCUGAACAAUGCGGAAACGGACAACGGACGUCAAUGUGGGUGCUUAAAGACAGCAGGCCCAACGUUUGGAUACAAGCACCUCUUUAUUUUCUCAUCGCCAUUGGGGAGAUCUUCGCAUAUGUCACUGGCCUAGAGUACGCAUACGAUAACUCGCCAAAGGAUAUGAAAGUUCUUGUGCAAGCAAUCAGUCUGCUUCUGGGUGGGGUAGGCUCGGCCUGUGCGAUGGCACUAGCUCAAGUUGCUCACGAUCCGAACCUCAUCUGGCUGUACGCCUCGUUGACGGGAGGAAUGGCAGCGACUGCACUCAUCUUCUGGCUUGUGUUUCGCAAGUAUGACACACCGCUGUCAGUUGAUAACGUGGAAGACUCGCCAAAGGAGAUAUCAUUCGACCUGGAGAAAGGCAGCAAUCAGGACCAGGACAGAGAAGAGAGUUCGCUCCAAUCACGUAUCAGCAAAGUAGAUGUUGAUGCCACGGAGGUUUCCAUGUGCCCCGAAGCGGGCGAUAUCUCGAUUAUGGAGCUGUCUGAUCUGCAAAUGGGGUCUGAAACUACUUUAUGUCUGAGGAACAGCGACGUUGAUGGCGAGGGAACAAUAUCGGACGGCAGUCAUUUACAUGAACUACCUGCUGAGGUCUCAGUAACGAGCGACAACUGGUUCGAACACAACGCAUCAAGAGGAGCAAGGUAA